UUCUUCUACUGCGACCAUCAUCAGCCAUGUCGUCGAAGCGCAAAUGGGACGACCCAGCAGAGGGCGAGUCGGCGUCGAAAGCUGUCAAGGUCGAGGACGGGAAGAGCGCGUCUGAAGCAGCAGCCGCAGCCGCCGCCAUUGCUGCAAAAAUCGCUGCCCAAUACGCAGGCGCAUCGCCGCUCGGCAAGGACCCCCACGACGCUGACUUCACGCAUGAUAUCGACAUUAACGAUGUCAGAAAUAGGUACAUGUUGACGAAGGGAUCUACCCAGCAGCAGAUUCAUGAUGAAACGGGUGCUUCAGUUAGCACGAAGGGAACAUGGUACCCAGAUAGGGCAAAGGCGACCGAGAAGGACCCGCCGCUGUAUCUUCACAUCUCUGCCUCAUCGAGGGAAGUGUUGCAGAAGGCGAUAGACAAGGUUAAUGAGCUCAUUAAUACGGAUCUGGGACCUUUGGUGGAGGAUAAAAGCUCUCGACUACGCGAGAAGCGGAAAUGGCCUGAAGAGAAGCUCCCGAUCGGACUGGAGUCCAUCCGCAACUUCAACGUGCGGGCGAAGGUUGUCGGACCUUCCGGUCAGUUCGUGAAAUAUAUCCAAGCGGAAACGGGGACUCGGGUUCAGAUCAAAGGUCUCGGUUCCGGAUUCGUCAACCAAGAGACGGGACGUGAGGAGGAAGUGCCGAUGUAUAUUCAUGUAACUGGCCCCGAUGAAUCCCAGGUAGCUCGCGCAAAAGUGCUUACGGAAGACCUGCUUGAGGUAGUGCGCGCCGAACACGCCAAGGUUGCACAGUGGCUUCAGCACCAGCAAAUGGAACUACAUCAAGCGCAGAUGCAAUAUGCUUCCUACGCUGCUGCGUAUACCGGUUAUGCUCCUCAGCCGGGCGGCGCUCCUCCGCCACCUCCAGGUGCAUCUCCACCACCACCACCUCCUGACGGGAGCCAACCCCCACCUCCUCCGGGCGGUGCCCCAGCAGGGGCCGGUCAAGGCGCUGUUCCGUCAGCGAAUGACGUGGAUGCGUACGCCGCAUAUUGGGCUGCAUACGGCUACGACGUGAACUCUCCGCAGUUCAAGGAAUGGGCUGCAAGCCAGCAACAGCAAUACGCUCAAUACUAUGCUCAACAAGGAUACGGCACGCCCAGCCAAGUGCCUGGAGCUUCUCCGCCCGCUCCGAAUGGUGCCGCCCCUCCUCCACCUAGCGACCCAGCACCCCCUCCACCACCUCCAGCUUAAGCCCUAGUCAUGGUUUAACUCACAUAUCUGCACCGUUGUGAGAGAGACUGAACACUUAACACUGCGAUAUCUUUUAGGGAUCUGGGUAGCAUAAUGUUUCUGAAUCGGCAUGUAGAGUGCAUUGCGUUUGAUCUCUUGACUGUUGUCGUCUAGCUAUCUAGGUGCUGCUGUCCUACCGUGGUGGGCGAACGCAAGGGUAGUACGGACCGUGAUGGUGUGACGGAAGGACGGGCGAAUUGCAACAGUAAGUGAGGGAAUGAAUGCGUAGAGAUGGCCUUGUUCCGCAUGUCCUGCAAUUUCCGCGUCAACUCACGGGGCCUUCGCGUCUCCAGCUACCUCUCAAGCUGCCUUGGGCACAAGUGAAAUGUCGUCUCUUUCGCCGUGACCGUAGGUGUCUGUACAUCAUAAAUCCUCCGGGUCGCUGUAGGUGAUAUAAAAGUCGCCUAUGUUCCGUGUGGCGUCCAAGAAUUACUCAUGGGAGCACGCCGCAAUCUCUGCAGCCUGCG